AUGGAAGGCUUGGACUUGCUGGGAUUCCUCAUCAUUACGUUAAACUGCAAUGUGACCAUGGUGGGAAAGAUCUGGCUCAUCUUCAUGGUCCUGCUGAGGGUGGUGGCGGUCGUCCUGGCAGGGUACCCCGUCUACCAGGAUGAGCAGGAGCGGUUUGUCUGUAACACUCUGCAGCCAGGAUGCGCCAACGUCUGCUACGACAUCUUCUCGCCCGUGUCCCUGCUGCGGUUCUGGCUGAUCCAGAGCGUGUCUGUUCUCCUCCCUGACGCUGUCUUCAGUGUCUAUGUCCUCCAUCAGGGAGCUGUGCUCGCGGCCCUGGGACCCCGCCGGUCACACGGAGGUCCCGUGCUGAGCGCUGCGGAGGGGCGCUGCCCGGGGCGCUGCCAGCUGAGCGUGCCCGACUUCUCGUGCGGCUACAUCGCCCACCUCUCUCUUCGGAUCCUGCUGGAGGCAGCUUUCGGGGCCUUGCAUUACCUGCUGUUUGGAUUCUUGGUCCCGAAGACGUUCUCCUGCACUCAGUCCCCUUGCACCAGCGUGGUGGAUUGUUACGUCUCUCGGCCCACCGAAAAGUCCAUCCUGACGCUUUUCAUCUGGGCGGUGGGUGCCCUGUCCUUGCUCCUCAGUGUCGCUGACCUCAUCUGCAGCGUGCGCAGGAGGACGAGCGGGGGGCGAGGCCCCAGGCGAGGGGCGAAGGGCUCUCGCAGCCUGGGGAGGAGUCGGAUGCACGAGGACGGGGAGUGGGAGGCGGAGGCGAUGCCCACCCACCCGGGCAUGUGGGCCGCGGGGGACGGUGCCCACGGCCCCGGUGGAAAGUCUGGCGCGUUGGGGCGGAUGGAGCUCCCAGAUGAAGGUGACAGUGAGGGGAUGUCCUCAGCCAGUGAAAAGCUGGCUAGGACUCCCAAGGGGGCCCGGGAUCGCUCCCCCAGAAAGGUCGCCCAGGACCCAAGGAGCAAAGGCCCUGCUCGGUCCGAGGAGCAGCCCUCAGCCCCUGGGAGCCGGCUGGCCGGGCACUCUUCAUGCGGCCAGCUCCAGCCCCCUGCCCGGCUGGCCAGCUCCGGCAGCGCCCCCCACCUGAGAGCCAAAAAAUCCGAGUGGGUGUGA